AUGUGCGCACAUAGUGAGUUUGAGACGCCCAUAAGUAGAAAUAAAUUUUAUCAUUUAGAGACAGUGGACGUACAUACUACUCGGGUUUUGUUCAAGGCUUGUGUUGAUUGGCACGCAUCAAAUAAGUUAUGAUGUCUUGCAUCGAAGGACGCGCAAAAUCCCCAUCCGGGGAGUCGACAGCAAUUUGCAGAGGCGGCGCUCAACUCAAGUUGGCUGUAGCAAGGAGACCCGGCCCUGACUGCUAACACGAGGCGAUUACCUACUGCACACUAAGAGAGCCUGGGGACUAAGCACCGUUACGUUGCCUCGAUCUCGUGCAUGCACGUGCAUCGUAGCUGAGCAGCCGCGCGUGAUUCAUUUUAUUUUCCAGUUUCUUGAAACGUACAACGCAUGGAUCGUUCAUCGACAGCGCUUGGCUUUUUUCAGCUCCAAACGGUAAGAACUAUACACGGAAUAUACUGCCCAACGUUUUGAAAGUAUUUUGAUGGAUGUUGUGAGUCUUAAAUGUUGCGAUAAUGUAAUUUGUUUUUAACAGAUACUGGACGGUGACGGGAAAUUCAACUCCAUGCGUGUUACCAACUGAGGUCAGUUAUAAAAUAUGAGCUUUUCGUCACGACUAUGACCCUUAUUAUGCUUACCUUAGUAGUAUAUAAUGCUACCAUAUAGCCUUAAUUAAUCUACUGCACAGCCUCGGAUAUACUUAUAAGACUGGAGGGAAUCUUUGGGAUAAUUUUUGCCUUUUAUUCAACGGUCUCCAUGACACGCUGCUCAUGCUGGGGAGUGACCGGCGUGCUGACGGAAUGGUGGAAUACACGGAAUAUUCUAAAAUACGCAAAUUAUAUACUAAAACACUGUAA